AUGAGGCAAUUUGGGUAUCCGCAAAGAAUUCCGAUGAUACAAGGGCUUGAAAAUAUCAGACUCAACACAGUUGCUGAAAGUCGGAGCAUGGUAUUGGAAGCUUGGGGAAAUCUUCUUAGUUUAGAGAGCUUGCACUUGGAUCAAGUGAACAAAUUGGAACCUAAGGUCAUUUCAGAGUAUAAUGAGUGGAUCAAACUGACAAUUGAACAAUCUCGAAAGAAGUCACAGUCCGCUCCUGUCAGCCCUGAAGAGCAGAUAGACAAGCUGAAGAAAGAACUCGAGGAUUAUCAAUUGCAACUCAUAGUGGCCGACCAUGCCCUGGAAGACGCUCGAGCGCAAUUAAAGUGGGAGACAAGAAAAACUGAAAAGUUGGAGAGAGCCCUGGAUGCAUUUGACAAAAUUCGAGAAGGAAUUCGGAAGCUUAGUAUAGGAAGGUCUAAGGAGUCUCAACGUACUAGUUUAGCAAGGCAUGAGGAUUUUGUAAAAAUGGUCAAUCGAACCAUCAAUGAAGCUAUAUUUUUCACAAUUGCUACCCAAAGAAGCCCCAUCAUCACCAGGUCUCGAAGUAGAGCCUUGAGACAGCCUGUAAACAUGAGUUCAAUGCCUGAGGCUUCGGAAAGAUCUGCUAUGGUUACAUCACCGGACUUCACAGCAUUGGGAGCUCAGUUAAGUGAGGUACUUGACAAGUUCAAUGACUUAAGUGUUGAAAUGGCCGCGCAGAGGCUUGUCAUUGAUCAGUUGGUAACAAGCAAUAGCGGUGGUGGUGUCCCAAAUGACCGAGAACCUGUCGAUACCCACCCACAUGCACAAGACAAUCAACCACCUCACACAUCCAAUGCCCAGACAACUUUCCUUCCUUCCUUCGCUAAUCCCCUUGAAAAUACCUUUACCCAACUAAAUUCAGACCUUUCCUAUACGCAUCCGAAUUAUAUACUGAUUAACCCAACCAGUAACCAAAUCCCUCAAACCCAUCCACAAACUAAUCUGAACGUUCCCCCCAACCCUCAGGAACCUCACCAUCACGUUGCAGCACCUUUUGUGUUGGACACUGCAGCUCAAGGGAAGGCGGCGGUAGAAGAACAACCUGUGCCUAUUGACAAAGAUCUGUUGAGAAGAUUGGAUCGAUUCGAUGAUUUUAUGAAAAAGAAUCAAGGAUUGAGCAGGCAUAGUGGGUUGGAUUACGAUGAAUUGUGUCUUUUCCCAGAUAUUCAGCUACCAUUGGGAUUCAAAACUCCCAAAUUCAGCAAAUAUGAUGGAACUGGAAAUCCCAAGACGCAUCUUAAGAUGUUUGCCAACAAGUUAGGUAAGCCAGUGGAUGAUGAAAAUUUGCCUAUGCGUCUAUUUCCGGAAAGUUUAGAGGGGGACGCUCUAGAUUGGUAUUCAAAUUUGAAAUCUGGAGAGGUAAAAACUUGGUUAGAUCUGUCAACAGCUUUUGUGAAGCAGUAUGAGUUUAAUUGUGAAUUGGCACCAACACGAACAACACUGGAGGGUACAAAAAGAAAGCCAUCGGAAGAUCACAAGACCUAUGCAAAGCGGUGGAGAAAGUUAGCUGCCAAAGUGGAGCCACCCAUGACUGAUGAGGAGAUUGUUCGUACUUUCAUCAAGGCUCAUGAUCCACCCUACUUCGAAGAGAUUUUUCGCAUGACUGGAAGUUCAUUUGCCGCUAUUAUUAACAAGUUGGAGGAAUACGACGAGUUUGUCAAGGCAGGGAAGAUUGUUAAUGUAUCGACAUUGAAGUUGCAAUUGGAUGCUCUACAGAAUCAAAGCAACAUUGGGAAAAAGUCCCAAUUCAAGAAGAAAGAAGGAGAAACUGCUUUUAUAUGGGAUCAAGGCCCGUCUUUUAGACCCAAAAACCAUCCCAUCUAUUCUGUUCCUUACCAGUAUUACACCAACGCUCAACCAGUCUACCACGCUACUACCCAACUCCAUCAUUCCCGACCAAGUCAUUUGAAUACCUCACCAUUACCUCCGACUCCACAACCUAUCUUUCAAAAUCACUCCCGUCCCAAUUAUUAUCCCAGACCAACCCUACAAAAUAAUAACCCUUCUCAAAAUCCUUUUCAAACCAGGGAAGUGCAAAAUCAAAGGCAAUUUCGAACCUUCACCAAUUUGGGCCGACCCAUUGAUCAAUUGUAUGAGCAGUUAAGAGCAGCGGGAAAAAUUAGCACUGUUCCUCCCAAACUCUAUCCCAGAGGUCCUCCUGACAGUUAUGAUCCACAAGCAAUCUGUGCCUACCAUUCUGGAAGUCCAGGCCAUACCACUUGCAAUUGUUGGGCUCUAAAACAUAAGAUCCAGGAUAUGAUUGAUUCUGGAGACAUCGUUCUUAGAAGAAAGGGAGAGCAGGGACCGAAUGUUAGUAAGAAUCCUUUACCUGAGCAUGGGAACACUGUGGGAGUUAUCAUCGCUGAUGAAGAUUGUGUAGAUCCCACUCAGUACAUUGUAGAUGAAACUGAAGUGUUUGGCGUGAUGGAGGCUGAUCAUGCGAGAAUGAGAAAACUGUCGCCUGUUGAAAAGUCCAUGACUAAGGAUAAUGUCGAGGGAAAUUUGAAAUCUUUUGUGUUUGAAAAAGAGGAGCCAUUCAUAGCAGAAGGGGGAGUUUCCGAGGUUAACAAAGUUCCUUUUAUUCUGGAUCUGCCAUCUUUUGAAUGGGAUGUAUCAGAGCCUGAGGAGGUACCUACUAUUGCCAGGUUUGAAAAAGUUGUGAAAAAUUCCGAAAUCGGCGUUCAAUUCAAAGCCAAGGAUAAUUCUUCAACCCCCAAGCCUCUUGUGUCUGAAAAGGAAGCUGUGGAUUUUUUAAAGAUGCUGAAGAGAAGUGAGUACAAAACAGUGGAGCAAUUGGAUAGGAUGUCUACUCAAAUUUCUUUUCUGAAUCUUCUCUUGACCUCCGAGCUACAUAGAGAAGCAUUGCUCAAAAUUCUGAAUGAAGCUCAAGUCCCUAAGGAUAUUCCGGUGGAUAAAUUUUCUAACAUCGUGGGGAAUGUACUUGCUGCUAAUCAUAUUGCCUUCUCUGAUGACGAUCUGACUGUAGAGGGGAUCGGGCAUAACAGAGCCUUGUAUAUAUCAGUCCGUUGCAAUGGAAAGCUGUUGCCGAGGGUUUUAGUGGAUAAUGGGUCAGCGUUGAAUAUCUGUCCAUGGAACACUCUCACCAAGCUUGGAUUUCUUGAUAUUAAACUCCGUCCAUCUGCAACUGUGGUUCGAGGAUUUGAUAGUUCAAAAAGGGAAUCUAUGGGUGAAGUAGAUCUGGUAUUGGAGAUAGGCCCUGCUCAAUUCCAAGUUACUUGCCAAGUCAUGGACUUCUCCGGCGUUUACAAUAUUUUGCUUGGAAGACCUUGGAUACAUGCUUCCAAUUCAGUGCCAUCUUCGUUGCAUCAAAUAUUGAGAUUUAUUGCGAAUGAUCAACUCAUUACUGUGUUUGCUGAGGAUGACUGUACCAUGAUCGUUGAUGCAAAAUUCAAUGGUGAAAACAGACAAAGGAAUCCAAUUUCAGCUCAUCAUGUUGCUGACAUCGUCUCUGUGGGAUGGGCAUCCAGGGAUAAGUCUCUAACUCAUUCAGAUUUGCCAGAGGCCAGUAUUAUGAUGGCGAGGGAGAUGAUCCGAGGCGGAUACGAAAUAGGAAAAGGUCUUGGGAGAGAAUUACAAGGAAUUUUGGAGCCAAUAGAGAUCCCGACGCAGAAGGAUACAUUUGGAUUGGGAUUUCAUCCGACUGCUAAGGAUAGAAAGGAAAUGCAAGCUCGAAAACAAGCUGAAAAGAAGGGCAAGCAAACUGCCUUAAAUAUCCCGCCGCUAUAUCACACUUUUCCUCGUCCAUCAGAAGUGAUCAUGCCAGAAACAAAAAAUUUUGUGGAAGAAAUUGAAGUGGACCUAUCUCAAUUAUUUGUCGGGGCAAUUGAUGAAGAGGAGCCAUCAGAGAAUUUAGAAUUUUUGCCAAUUAUCGAGGGAGCCAUUCAAAAUUGGACUGCUGAUUAUUUUCCCUCUCGAAGGGAAUUUCGGUUUGUAUUAUGGCCACAAAUAAAACCCUUCGACCCUUUGGAUGUCACCAUUUUGGAAUUCGAUGGCUGCAAUCUCGAUAUCUCUCAUGAGCUUGAAAUCAUGCAAUCUGAAAUUCAAAACGAGAGCGACAAUGAGGAAGAAUUUGAGUCUGUUUCCAGAGAUUUAAUACAGUAUGAAGAGAAAUCCAAACCCAACUUAGAAGAAACAGAAAUCAUCAAUAUUGGCACUAAGACCGAGGUUAAAGAGGUUAAAGUCAGCAUUCAUUUGAAUAAGAAACAGAAGGAGGAAAUGAUUGAAUUCUUAAUGCUAUUUCAAGAUGUGUUCGCAUGGUCCUACGAUGAUAUGCCAGGGAUCUCUACAGAUAUAGUGGUUCACAGGUUGCCAAUUGAUCCAAAUUUUUUACCUGUAAAGCAGAAGCCGCGUAAAUUCAAACCAGAAAUGAGUCUCAAGAUAAAGGAACAAGUUGUGAAGCAACUCAAUGCUAAGAUAAUCAUGGUGUCUCAUUAUCCCACCUGGCUAUCGAACCCUGUGCCAGUGCCUAAGAAAUCUGGUGAAGUGCGAGUAUGUGUUGAUUACAGAGAUUUGAAUAAGGCCAGUCCGAAAGACGAUUUUCCUUUGCCAAACAUUCAUAUUCUUUUGGACAAUACUGCUGGACACGAAAUUGAAUCUUUUGGUGAUUGUUUUGCUGGGUAUCAUCAAAUUUUAAUGGCAGAAGAAAACAGAGAGAAAACUUCUUUUAUCACCCCAUGGGGAACCUUUUGUUAUCGAGUGAUGCCUUUCGGGCUGAAAAAUGCUGGAGCCACUUAUCAGAGAACCAUGACUACUUUGUUCCAUGACAUGAUUCACAAGGAGAUGGAGGUUUAUGUGGAUGAUAUCAUAAUUAAAUCCAAGAAGGUUGAUGACCAUUUGGUUGAUUUAAAGAAGCUGUUUGAAAGAUUGAGGAAGUAUAAUUUGAAGUUGAACCCUGCAAAAUGUGCUUUUGGAGCUCCGGCUGGUAAGUUAUUGGGUUUUAUUGUCAGCAAAAAGGGCAUAGAGAUAGAUCCUGCGAAAAUAAAAGCAAUUCGAGAUAUGCCCAUUCCAAAAUGUCAAAAAGAUGUGAAAAGUUUUCUUGGAAAGAUCAAUUUCAUUGGCCGAUUCAUUGGACAGUUAACCUCUACCUGUGAGCCUUUGUUCAAAUUGUUGAAAAAGAAUGCGUCAAUGGAUUGGAAUGAAGAUUGUCAACAGGCUUUUGAUAAGAUCAAGAAUUAUUUGUUAAAUCCUCCGGUCUUAGUGCCACCUCAGGCAGGGAGACCUCUGAUUAUGUAUUUGUCUGUUCUUGAUGAGGCUGUCGGAUGCGUUCUGGGACAGCAUGACGAGUCUGGGAGAAAGGAACAAGCCAUCUACUAUCUGAGUAAGAAAUUUACAGCAUAUGAGGCCAACUAUUCUUUCCUUGAGAGAAGUUGUUGUGCUUUAGCAUGGGCAGCUCAGAAGUUGAGACAUUAUUUGCUCGGUUAUACCACUUACUUGAUUUCCCGUUCCGAUCCUCUGAAAUACCUGUUGGAAAAGUCGAUGCCCACGGGACGUAUGGCUAAGUGGCAAAUGAUCCUUUCCGAAUUCGAUAUUGUCUUCACAACACAAAAGGCAGUCAAGGCUCAAGUUAUAGCAGAUCAUUUGGCAGAAAAUCCAAGAGAUGAUGAUUAUCAGCCAUUGCAUACCUACUUUCCUGAUGAAGAAAUCCUGUUCGUUGGAGCGGUUGAGGACAUGAGUGAGCAGUAUCCUGGAUGGAGGUUAUUUUUUGACGGGAAACAUUAUCCUGCUACUGCCAAAUUACGAUUUCCUUGUACCAACAACAUGGCUGAGUAUGAAGCUUGUAUUUUUGGAUUGAAAAUGGCAUUGGACAUGGAGAUCAAGGAUCUGAUAGCAUUCAGUGAUUCAGAUUUACUUGUGCACCAGACGCUUAAACAGUGGGUAACUCGGGAUUCAAAAAUUAUGUUGUAUCAUUGUAACUUGCUUAGUUUGGCCAGCAAAUUCAGGAAUUUGGAACUCAGACAUAUUCCCCGCACUCGUAAUGCCUUUGCUGAUGCUUUAGCUACUCUGUCUUCGAUGAUCCAACAUCCAGAUGAGCUGGUGAUUGAACCUAUACAGAUUCAACUUCAGAAUAGGCCAGCGCAUUGUCUGGUUACAGAAAGGGUCACUGAUGGUCGCUCCUGGUACAAGGAUAUUAAGGAAUUCAUGAAAACAGGAUCCUACCCUCCUGAUACUGAUUCUGUUGCAAAAAUUUUCUUACGCAGAAUGUCAUCAAGAUUCUUCUUGAAUGGAGAAGUGCUAUACAAGAAAACAUCUGAUUUGGGCCUUCUGAGAUGCAUCAAUGAAGAGGAAGCCGAUUAUAUGAUGAAAGAGGUGCAUAGUGGGGUUUGUGGGCCACACAUGAAUGGGCAUCUACUGGCUAAGAAGAUCAUGAGAACAGGAUAUUUUUGGCUUACCAUGGAUAUGACUGCUCCAUGGCCAUGUUCGAUCUGGGGAAUGGAUGUGAUCGGAACUAUUGAUCCUUCUGCUUCAAAUGGGCAUCGAUUCAUUUUAGUGGCGAUUGAAUAUUUCACCAAGUGGGUUGAGGCCGCAUCCUAUAAGCAUGUGACUAAGAAAGUGGUGUCGGAUUUCUUGAGAAAUAAUAUCAUCUGUCGUUUUGGGGUACCAGAGACGUUGAUCACUGAUAAUGCCAAGAACCUCAAUAAUGAUAUGGUGGAUGGAUUAUGUGAACAGUUCAAGAUUAAACAUCGAAAUUCGGCCAUUUACAGGCCUCAGAUGAAUGGAGCCGUUGAAGCUGCAAAUAAAAAUUUGAAAAAGAUUCUUAUGUAUGGAAUGGAAGCAGUCCUGCCUGCAGAAGUUGAAAUUCCUUCCUUGCGCAUUCUGAUGGAAGCUCAGAUAGAAGAAGCUGAAUGGGUUAGAGAACGUCAGGAGCAGUUGUCUCUAAUUGAUGAAAAGAGAUUGAAUGCCGUCUGUCAUGGACAAUGUUAUCAGCCACGAAUGGCCCGUGCUUACAACAAAAAGGUUAAGCCCCGUUUGUUUGAAGUUGGAGAUAAGGUUUUGAAACGGAUUCUUCCAAUGCAAGAUGAGGCUAAAGGGAAGUUUGCUCCCAAUUGGCAAGGACCAUUCAUUGUUAAGAAAGUGCUAUCCGGAGGAGCGCUUAUCCUUAUGGAAAUGGACGGUCAAAUUUUUCCCCAACCAAUCAAUGCAGACAUGUGCAAAAAGUUUUUCAUUUGA